CUACUUCAUCUUGGUAUUUGCUGUCUGAGUUGCACUCCAUGAAAGAGACGCUGAGGUAUCUGAUAGGUGUGGCAGGACCAAGUGGCUUCGGGUCCUGCUCUACUGGAGAGCAAGUGACUCGAGAUGUUUCAUGUUCAAUUCCUCCUAAUCUAACUGCAAUAAUCACUGGUGGAACGUCAGGUAUCGGAGCAGAGACAGCAAGAGUGUUGGCCAAAAGAGGGGUGAGGCUGGUGAUGCCUGCAAGGAACCUAAAGAGAGCUGCUGAAGUUAGAGAGGGGAUUCGGCGAGAGAGCCCAGAGGCUGAGAUCAUCGUAAUGGAGAUGGAUCUGAGCUCAUUUGCUUCCAUUCAGAGAUUUUGCUCGGAAUUUCUCUCUCUCGGACUACCACUCAACAUUCUCAUCAACAACGCUGGGAAGUUCUCAAAGAAGUUGGAGCUCACUGGAGACAAAUUGGAGAUGACUUUCGCUACGAAUUACUUGGGUCAUUAUUUGCUAACCAAAAAUUUACUAGAGAAAAUGGUUGAGACAGCAGCUAGGACAGGGAUUGAGGGAAGGAUUAUCAAUGUAUCCUCGGUGGUUCACAGAUGGGUGAAGAGAGAAGGAUUCAGAUUUUCGGACAUGCUCAACCCUAAAUAUUACAAUGGUACACAUGCUUAUGCAAGGUCAAAAUUGGCUAAUAUAAUGCAUGCCAAGGAGAUUGCAAGGCAAUUAAAGGCAAGAAGAGCAAAAGUAACCAUCAAUGCUGUUCACCCAGGAAUCGUAAAGACUGGAAUAGUCAAGGAUUAUAAGGGCUUGAUUACAGGCAUGAACUAAUUAAUCCUAGAUAUUUAUAUUUUGAAGACUUCUGUGGUGUUAAAAACUAGUAAAAUAAGAUAAUAGAUCAACUUAUAGCUUCAUAAAAAUACUAAAGUUUUGUCUAGCUUGUGGAACUUGGACAAGGAUAUGUAAUGCCAUUUUUUAAGCUAAUGAUGUUUAUUUUUCCUUGUAUUUAGAGCUAAUGCCAAUGUCGUAUGAGAAGAGGGAAAAAGAAACUCAGAAACACUUCAGAUGGAAGCAUCAUUGAGUAUAAAAUAUUUAAAUAGAUCAAGCAUGAAAAGAGACAACUUUAGCAAAUGUAAGAGCUACAACUGAGAACAAUUAGAAGUAAAGGGACGAGUACAUUUCUGAAUUAACAGCAUAUGAAUUUUGUUUUGGCAUGGAAUAAUGGUCUACGAAAAAGGUAAAGGAAAUCCAUGUUAUAAAUUUCAAAACUAGUUGAGUCUUUUUUUUUUUUGUGACCCUUUUGUUUACCUUGACAUUUAAUAAUAAUGGAAGAAAAUACGUACAAUUUCCUACAAUGAUAGGAAACACAAGCUGCUAUAAUUGCACUAUAUUGAAUGAUAAGAGUUUUGAUAGUGUAGAGAGAACUAUAUUGAAAUUACUAAACCAUGGAUAAAUAUCAAACUAUACAUAUAUAAAAAGUAUACACAAAUGUACAAACGCAUACAAAUGCGUGCACACAUGAACAUAUAUGGACAUAUUUUAGGUAACAAAGUUGAAACUUGGUAGUUUGCGAAGUAAUCUAAUUUUAAUAGAAUCUUUUAAUUACUCUUGCACAACCAAUGUAAGAGCAGUUACUAAGAUAUAUUAAAGAAUAAGUUUUGUUGUCAUUGUGAAACAGAUUUGCUGUUUUUCCUUGCAUCAAGGCUACUUAAAUCAGCAUCCCAGGGAGCAUCAACAGCAUGCUAUGUUGCAUUGAGUCCGCAUAUAGUUGGCAUCUCUGGAGAAUAUUUUGUUGACUGUAAUGAAAGUCAUUGCUCAAGUUUAGCAAAUGAUGCGAAUGAAGCACAAAUACUCUGGCAAAAAACAGAUGCAUUGCUUCACAAAAGAUUGCAUCAAGCA